AUGGUGGUAGCUAUGCUACUGCUUGUAACAGUGCUGCUGGUGGUGGUGAUGAUGAUUGUAAAAAUGGUGGUGUUGGUGAUAUUUAUGGUGAUGGUAGUGAUGAUGGUGGUAGUGGUUGUGCUGCUGAUGGUGGUUAUGGUAGUAGUAGGUGUGCUGCUUGUGAUCGUGAUGGUGGUGGUGAUGGUUGUGGUGAUGUUUGUAGUGGUGACGGUGAAGGAAUUCAAAGAAUUGUUGAGAGUUGCUGGACGCAAGCUCGUGGUAAUAGAGUUUUCAGCAAAGUGGUGUGGCCCCUGCAAAAAGAUUGGUCCUGCUUUCCAGGCAAUGUCUGUAAAAUACCAAAAUGUCAUGUUUGCUAAUGUGGAUGUGGACUCAUCUGAGGAAUUGACUCAAUUUUGUCACAUCAAUGCAGUACCCACAUUUCAGAUGUUCAAGCACACCCAAAAGGUCACUCUAUUCUCAAGACUCAAAAGAACAAUGUGCUGCUAUGUCAGAAAUGGACUGGAGAGCAGGAAGAUUUUUGAAUUUCACGGAGCUGACAUUAAAACACUGGAAGAGAAGAUUCAAGAGCUAAUGUAA